CUCCUUGGGUCUGCCGGCGUGUCAUCCUCUCUCUAUUCUCCCUCUUUCUGCAUCGACGGAAUCCUCCGCACUCUAAAAGAUCAAAAUGUCCAGGAAAGUGGUGAGGACCAGCAAGUUCCGCCAUGUCUUCGGCCAGGCGGUUAAGGCCGAUCAGUGCUACGAUGAUAUCAGAAUCUCUCAGAUGACAUGGGACAGCAACUUCUGCUCUGUCAAUCCCAAAUUCGUGGCCAUGAUCGUGGAUGCCAGCGGUGGUGGGGCCUUCAUGGUGCUGCCACUGAGUAAGACGGGGCGUAUUGACAUGUCCUAUCCCACAGUGUGUGGACACACUGGGCCGGUUCUAGACAUCGAGUGGUGCCCCCACAACGACAACAUCAUCGCCAGCGGCUCAGAGGACUGCACCGUCAUGAUUUGGGAAAUUCCGGAUGGAGGCUUAACAAAGCCACUGACGGAGCCAGUGGUGACACUGGAGGGCCACUCUAAACGCGUAGGCAUCCUGAGCUGGCAUCCCACUGCCCACAACGUACUCAUGAGUGCAGCCUGUGACAAUGUGGUGAUUCUGUGGAACGUGGCGUGCGGGGAGGCGGUGGUCCGCAUCGACACCCUGCACACCGACCUCAUCUACAGCGCCUGCUGGAACACGGAUGGCUCCCGAAUCCUCACCUCCUGCAAGGACAAGAAGAUCCGCAUCCUGGACCCACGCAAGGGCACCGUCAUCGUUGAGAAAGAAAAGCCCCACGAAGGCUCAAGGCCCGUUAGGGCGGUGUUUGUCUCAGACGGGAAGAUCCUGACCACGGGGUUCAGCCGUAUGAGUGAAAGACAGGUGGCGCUGUGGGACCCGAAUAACUUCAAGGAGCCCCUCAACUUGCAAGAGCUGGACACAAGCAGUGGAGUUCUGCUGCCCUUCUUCGACCCUGACACUGGCAUUGUAUACCUCUGUGGCAAGGGUGACAGCAGCAUCAGGUACUUCGAGGUGACGGACGAGGCACCCUAUGUUCACUACCUGUCCAUGUACAGCAGUAAGGAGAGCCAGAAAGGAAUGGGAUACAUGCCCAAGAGGGGCUUGGAAGUCAACAAGUGCGAGAUCGCCAGGUUCUAUAAGCUGCAUGAGAGGAAGUGUGAGCCCAUCGUCAUGACUGUCCCUCGCAAGUCUGACCUCUUUCAAGAGGACCUGUACCCUGACACAAUUGGUCCAGAGCCAUCCGUGGAAGCCGCUGAUUGGUUUGCGGGGAAAAACGGCCAGCCAAUCCGAAUUUCCUUGAAGGACGGGUUUGUGGCUACCAAAACUAAAGAGUUCAAGGUCCACAAGAGCCUGCUGACUACCACAACGGCCUCCUCAGGGAAUCGACAGGCUGACAGCACGGAAGUGCAUUCCUUGCAGGAACAGGUGAAGCAGCUGAAAGCUGCAGUGGAAGAGCUAACCGAGCGUGUUAAAAACCUAGAAAACAAAGACUGAGAAUUCAGAGUAGAGCAAGGGAGAGAGAGGGAGGUCAUAUCAGAGAGCAGAAAGGAAUGAUUUGAGGCAUAGAUAGGGGAGACAAAAGGGGGGGGGGGCAUGACUGGGAGAGUCUGGAAAAAAGCUGUACACAGAACUGUUAUGAAGCAAAGUAAUUUUAUUUUGAGCUUGAAUUUUAGGGAUUUGUAACUGCACUGAGUUUGACAAUCAGUUGUAUUUUAUACUGUUCAUGAGCAUCUAUUAACGUAAGAUUCUUGACAGAAUUAGGUUGCUAUACAUGGUGAAGACAUUUAGACAAUUUGAAAUAAAAUGUAAAAAUAAAAUAAAAUGUUUAAAAUAAAAUAUUAUUUUCAGAAUGUUCCAAGUUUUUUUUCUUUUAGUGGUUCCUUGGAGAAAAAGGGAAUUUG